UGCAUUUCACAUCGCUCUAAAUACCUCUUACCCCCGCUUCGAAACUUUCAUAGCUUGAACGAUCACUUAAUUUUUUUUUUUUUUACGGACUGGCAUUGGAGAUUACCCUAAUUUUCGUUUUGCACAAUAUUACUUCCAACUACGGAAACAGAAGCCAUUACCCUUGAAUAACGGAUGAACCAAUGUUGGUUCCCGGCGUUCAGAUAGUUGCAUCGAAUUUUUCUCUCAUUUCGCUGCCCCUAUGCCGGUUCCGUUUUCUUCUUUCACUGGCGCCUGAUCAUGUUACAAGAUAAAGAAAAGAAGAACUCUCGGUUUAUUCUGAUCGAUAGGGCUCUCAUGUUUCUAGAUUUUCUUUAUGGGUUGAAACACGUAACUGGUAAGCGGAGUCGAUUGGAAUGAAAUUACUAAUGAUUAAUAAUUAGAAUAAUUUAGGAGAAUGCAAGUGGUGGGGAGGCUAGGCAGUUACAUUAGUCGGGGCGUAUCCACGGUGUCAGGCUCCGUUCGCCCACUUGGUGGCGCUGUUGAUAUUGUUUUAGUAGAACAGCAAGAUGGGAGCUUCAAGUCGUCGCCUUGGUACGUCCGAUUUGGGAAGUCCCAUGGCAUUUUAAGGACAGAAGAGAGGAUGAUCAGCAUUAAUGUCAAUGGAGUGGAAGCAAAUUUCCAUAUGUAUGUGGAUCAUAAAGGACAAGCUUUCUUUCUCAGGGAGGUCGAAGCGGAAGAGGGAGAAUCUAUGUUGUAUCCAUCAUCUUCUGGGGAUGAGGCAGAUUUUCUUGAUAAGCUGCAUUUGAAGUCCAGAAGUUUUAGUUUCGAAUCAGAAAGAUCAAAUUUUAUGGCUCAGGGUGAUAUAAACACAGGAAACAUGCUGACCAGAACUACUUCUGACGGAUCAGUGACAACCGGGCUUGUCUUUGGCGAUAGUAAUUUUCAGCGGGAUAUUCCCAAUGCUGAUAUGAACGCUGCACGGUCAUUGGAGUCUGCUGAAAUCGCAGCCAACCUGUUGGAGGUAAAGUGGUCUACCAAUCUUGCUGGUCAUAAACCACCUCGAAAAGAUCGUGUAAAAAUUCAAAAGAGAAAAUCUCAGCGUGGUAACACGGAUAAUUCUUCAAACCAAACCCUUAAUGCGCAAGACGGCCUCUGUUCCAACCCUGACCUUGAAGUUCCCGGAGGACUUGAUGAGGAUAACGGUAUAUACUCAUCAUGUUCAAGCACCGCGGCUGAAGUUAGCUUUUUAAAACAGGAAACUGAAGUGAUAACUGAACUAUCAAUGAGUGGAGAUAUUGCAGAGGAUGUUGAACAUGACAAGAACAUGAAGGAAGUUAUAACUGAUUGGACCGUGAGUGAUUUGGAAGUCGCAUGUCUCCAACUUCAAGCUAGCAUUGGAAAAAAGCAGUUGAGCGGAGAUGUGCCUGGUGUUUCAGAGGAGGAGAUUCCACAUGAUGAAGUUCAGACACUAGAUUACAGUGAAACGUCAAAAAGUUCAAAUGGAUGCGUGCAUUGUACAACUGGACAAACUCAUGAGGUGCUGUACCUUGAUAACAAAAAAGGUGAAACACAUACUCAUGCGGAGAUUUUACAAGCGACAACUGUACUACCUGAGGUUACAAAAAAUGAGGAAGUCACCGACAAUGCUGAUGUCAUUGUGCCUGUAAUGGUGUUUUCUCAGACUUCUCAGCAAACAAAUUGCGCUCAUCCUGGUAUUAGCAGGUCUAUUGUGGCAGAUAUAGAAGACCAAACAGCACUGCCAAAAACGCAAACCAUCAAUCUGGAUAUUGGACCUUGUUUAGCUGAGAAGGAUGGAUCAAACUGUGUUGCCGGUAUUUCAUCCUACAGCAGCCUGGGCAACCAAGCUUUAGAUGGGAAAGUUUUGAAGGUUGAAGAAGUUUCAAGCAAAUUGACGUCUCUGAAGUCUUCUGGUGAUUGUGUACUUGGAAAAACAAACAGACAACCAUCUCCGAAUAGAGAGGAAGAAGAUUUUAUUGUCAGUGACCUUGAAAGUCAAACAACUGAUAUUGAAAAGUUGAGAGUAACAUCCAGUCAUACAGUUGUCCUUAAUAAUAAGGAUGGUGGGGACGAAGACAGGCAGCAGACAAAAUCCUUUUCUGGUAGUUUACAUUCUGUUAGUAAUGCUCUGGGUCAGCAUGAUCUGUGUCAUCCUUCAAUUCAUUCACAGGACUCAGCAUGCAGUAUCUUGAAGCAGCCAUCAUUUGGGAGAGAUGAUGUGAAAUGUCUAAAACCAGAUGACCAAUUAUUGCCUGGGGAAUCAGGUUUCAAAGACAACAAUACUUUGGGGGAUGUUAAGAGUACAGCUAUAAAUCCUCCACUUGGUGUCUCAUCAGCACCCAAACCUUCCCCCAGUGGGAAUUGGAAGCUUUGGCCUUUCUCCUUCAGGGGAUCAAGUUCUGAAAACGUUGUGGUGCGUGCUGUUGAUGACAAAGAUACUAAUGCUUCAGAGAGUUCAAUCAACAAAGAUGAAGACAGAAAUGAGCUCAAACCCAAGCUACUGAAAAAGAAUGUUAGGGCAAAGACGCCAACAGCCGAACAGCUAGCAUCCUUGAAUCUAAAGGAAGGGAGGAAUACUGUAACCUUCACUUUCUCUAUGGCAACGCCAGAGAAUGAACAGGUUGAUGCCCAAAUAUAUUUAUGGAAAUGGAACAAUCGUAUUGUGAUCUCAGAUGUGGAUGGGACAAUUACAAAGUCAGACGUUCUAGGUCAGGUCAUGCCUUUGGUGGGUGUAGACUGGUCACAGACAGGUGUUGCACAUUUAUUCUCAGCUAUCAAGUUUUUUAACAGGUGGGCUCUUAGCAAAUUAUUGGAAAAUGGUUACAAACUACUUUUUCUCAGUGCUCGAUCAAUUUCUCAGGCCUACCAAACCAGACAAUUCCUGGUUAAUCUUAAGCAGGAUGGAAAAGUUUUACCUGAUGGUCCUGUGGUUAUUUCUCCUGAUGGAAUUUUUCCCUCUCUAUAUCGAGAAGUGAUUAGAAGGGCCCCUCAUGAGUUUAAAAUAGCUUGCUUGGAGGAUAUCAAGGCACUUUUUCCUCCUGAUUGCAGCCCAUUUUAUGCUGGCUUUGGAAAUAGAGAUACUGAUGAGAUCAGCUACCUCAAAGUUGGAAUUCCAAGAGGGAAAAUCUUCAUUAUUAAUCCAAAGGGAGAGAUUGUUGUGAACCGCCAACAUGACACGAAGUCUUAUACUUCUCUUCACGCUCUCGUGAAUGGGAUGUUCCCUCCUACGACCACAUCUGAGCAGGAGGAUUUUAAUUCAUGGAAUUACUGGAAGCUACCUCCUCCUGGCGUGCAUUUCGACACCGGCAUUAUAAACCUUUGUUGGCAAAUUCAGAUGAUCUGUGUGGUAGCCCCAAGAUUCUCCUUCUGUACAAAACAUUUAUCAGAUGGAUUGAUCUAUUGGCGCUCAAAUGCCAUCAAUGGAAGAUUUGUGAAGAGCAGGAUCAUUUUUCCUUCCUCCUGCUUCAAAGUCAUUUUCCCUUGUUCAUGAUGUGAAGUCACCACAAUUCGUCAUUUCUCAUUUGUGGCCCCUAAGGGGGGAUCCGAGUGGUGGAGGUAUGCUAGACAGUACCUCUGUGAAGGAUUUGUGGGUUCAGCCUGAGGAAGGUGUGCUGUAAAUCAACUGUGACGGAUCAUUUAUAGAGGAGAAGGGGAAGGCAGGAAUUGGGGUUGUCUGUCGGGAUGAUUAGGGCUGUUUGAUCUGUUUUCAGGGUGAGGAAAUUGUGGCGGCAUCUGCUUUUGUGGCGGAAGCUGUUGCUGUGGAGAAGGGGCUGGGAUUGUCAAAGAAUUUGGGGGAUAAAAGGGUGGUCAUUGAAACUGAUAAUGAGGUGCUGUAUUGCAGAGGGAUGAAGGGUGUGACUGGAUAAUCUCUCCUAUUGUUCUUUUUUUUCUGGUGCGUGACCAGGGUAAUUGUGCUGCAGAUUGCGUUUCAGUAGGGUAUUUGAAUAU